CUGCCAGGCCAUCUUUGACUGUCCGGAAGCUGACUUGUCCUCUGAUGUUGACAUCGAACAACAAACCCCUUUUGACUUUGUCAAAAGGGCUAUAUCUGAUUUGAGAGACAGAAUGGAAAAUGUUUCCAUAGCUAUUGCAGAAAUAUCUCAGACAAUUCAAGCUGAUCCUGACCCUCAGACAAGACAGGAGCUCUCCCUUUAUUCCAGCAGCCUCAGUUUGGAUCCCAACACAGCAUUUGAAAACCUUUUGCUCUCUGAGGGAAACCGCAAAGUAACCUGGAUUAAAAAAGCUCAGAGGUAUCCCUUGCACCCAGAGAGGUUUACCCAAUAUGAUCAGGUGUUGUGCACUGUAGGCUUAUCUGGAGUCUGCUACUGGGAGGUUGAGUGGCGGGGGAGCAGGGUUGAGGUCGCUGUGUGCUAUAAAGGGGCAGAUUUGGAGGAAAGUGGCUUUGGGGAUAUAGCAAGUCACUCCUGGUGCAUUUCUCUUUCAAAUGUUGGUUGCGCCUAUUGGCACGGUGGAAUCAAAACCAAAAUACCCAUUAACUGCUCCUCUACUGUAGGUGUGUAUCUGAACCACAAGGCAGGGACUCUGUACUUCUACAGCGUGUCUGACUGUGGGGAAAUGACUCUCCUUCACAGAGUCAACACCACAUUCUCCCAGCCUCUGUACCCCGGCCUCAUGGUCUCCAGAGGGGCCUCAGCCAGGAUAGUGUGUGCAAAAUAAAUCCACUGCCAAGGUGUGCUCGAGUGAAGUAAGGUAGUAUGUUCAUUCUGCGUUUGCAUUAAAGACGAGUGCUACAAAUAUGUUCAUUUCAAUUAUAUAUUGUCUGUAGCUUAUUAUCUGAUUCUAUUCUUUAUUAUAGUUUUUACUAGAAAAAAAGGCUGAAGAUAAUAAUGAGACGGAUGUGAGGCAGUAUGUUCAAUCUGUGUUUGUGUUAAAGACGAGUGCUAAAGAUUUUUUCAUUUAAAAAACAUUGUUUGUAGCUCAUUAUUUGAUUCUAUUCUUUAACAUUUAUUUUGUUAGAAAAAAAGGGUGAAGAUAAUGAUGAGACAGAUGUGAGGUUUUGGUGUGUAUCAUGUUUCUCAUCCUGUAAUGGAAAUUGUAAACUCAUCAUGCAGGUGCAUGUUAAGUUAUUAAGUAGAACAAUUCUAUGUAAAUGUAAUAGAUACUCAAACUCCUCUUGCUUUGUCAUGCGUUUAAUGUUUAUAAUCAAUAAAAAAUAUGU